GACGCCGACGCACCGCCGACCGGGCUCGAGCGAGGGAGCGACGGUGGCAGAGAGGAGCCGCAGCUGAACUACCGAAGGGCGGACCGCGAACACGUGUCGGGGUCGCAGCCGAAAUACGACACGACUGGCAGCGAGCGUUUCACGCAGUCGCUGGCGACGAGCCCGCGCCCGAGGCCCGGAAGCAAUGACGGGUACGAAUCUGUGGCGCCACACCCCGAAUACGAGUCCCAAAACCGAGGAAGCCCUGUCGAAACUCAGACUGGGAGACCUCGGGUAAGGUCUAGGACAUCCAACAGGUACCAACUGUCUGUGCCCCAGUCAGACGACGACGCCUCGUCGCCGCACCGGCAGGCGGAGGCGCGGACGGCCGGUCCCCGGCUGCCGUCACGUCCUCACCUGCAGUCAAGAGCUCCGGGCGGGGACGGCGUCUGGCCGCGAGACGACCCGGACGGCGCGCCGCCGCCGCACCAGCUGGACGGGGACGAGAGCGACUGGCUGUCGCCCACGCUGCGCGAGCCGUGGCGCACCAAGUAUGACCGCUACCCCACCGAGGAGCACAACGCCGUGUUCGGCCGACCGGCAGUGCCCACGUUCCCCGCCAGCCACGGACUGGGCUCGCGUCGACCCCGGCCAGUCGGCAGCCGGUGGCGGCGGCCCCCUGCCGUCCCGCCGCCGCCCUCCAUCGACUACGCGCACUUGUUGCUGGGCGCCCUGGCCGCUCAGGCGUCCGCCGGGUUGGGCGAUGAGGCGGAGACAUCAGACGCGUCAAGCACGCUGUCGGAGGACGAGCCCCCGGCGCCGUUUGGACAGGAAGCGGCAGGCGGCCCGGCCGAUGCGGCACACGACUCCAACGCCCCGGCUGGCGAGGAGUUCGAGAGCGAAUGGGACUCCACAGACGAGCCAACCCCGGACUCAAGCCAUUAUGCUGGCUCUAUUGCCUCUGCUGGUGAUGAGUCCAGGUCUGAAACAAGUCCUGAGCACGCUGCCGAAGCCGAAGUGGAGCAUGAAGACGGCACCGAGCUUUCCGCUGUCACUGAGGCUCCGCAGGACGAUGCGCCGACUGACCCGCCAUCUGUGAAGUACAGUGAAUAUGGCGAGUACCAAAAUUCUGCCGCCAGGCCGAUGUUGACAUCAGACGUGGACACAGAGGGCGUCACCUACCCAGCGCCAGAGGAAACUGUGCAGAAUGUCACGGUGGAAUCCGAUGCAUUAUUAGAGGAUGAGCCCACCUCCUCGUAUGAAAGAUACAACGUGGGAAAGCCGACAGAGAGGCCAGGAGAUCACCAGGCCUUGGAAGAGGAGCUCGACGUUGAAUAUUACGACUACGAUGACGAAUAUUAUGACUAUGACGACGCCGCGUUCUUGAGCCGUGCGGACGAUGGUGACGGUCUUGUCGCCUCGACAGAAACGCGGGAUCUACCUGCGACCCAGCCGCUGCCGGCGACCACGACUCAAGGGCCGGAAUAUACCCGGCGGCACCAGCCAACUCCCCCCGCUCGCGCUCCAGCCCAUCACGAUGAUUUUACUCACAGCGGCAGAUCCUGUACUGGAGCUGCCCGCAGAAGAGCACGGUGACAGCGAAUCCGAGAUAGGUUAUGGAAACGGGGAUUACAACGACCUUGCCGAGCCGGGACGGGUUGAGCGACAGCGCCACACUACGCAAGCCACGGUGGUGCAAACGGGGACACCUGAAGACGGCGAUGGCGAAGAUGAUGAGUACGACCCUACUGAUAUCCUGGAACAUGAAGAAUAUUUGCAAGACUUCAGUUAUGGGGGAAGUGAAGAUAAAUAUGAAUACUAUUCAACCGAUCCCACCAACGCAGAGACAGGAAAACUGCGACCAACUACGGAAGCUGACUGGUUAAAUGGAGAGCGUGCCACAACGGAGGCAGAGAACGAGGUAGUCGAGCCGGUGUAUCCCACCGAGCGACCUCGCCAGUUGCAUGGUAAACCUGUGUCCACUGAAGACACAAACGAGGUCCACAGUCAAUAUUUCAUAAAUGAAGUCCACAGCGACGAGCCCGGCACAUUGGGCAGCACGAGAGACGAAGCUGGAGAUGUUGCGGAGGCUAGCACUCCGAAGUCUGAAUCGCCAGUGGAAAUAGCGACAGAACAGUCUCAGGCUGCCAAUAGCGUGACUGAAGACGUCACAGUGGCUUUCGAGCUGGACGCGGACGAAGCUUCUACAGACACGGUUCAAGGGACUACGGUACGAGGCACACCCAGCACCACUGAGAGGCGAAGCGACCUGCAAAUCUCCCUCCAACUGGAGACGACCACAGAGCCUGGAGAUGCCGCCAUCAGCUCCACUGCAGACCAACAUGACAAACCGGAAUCGGAGGAAGUCCAGCCCGGUUCUUCGUUGAAGGUCGACACCAGACAGGUGCCAACACGGACUCGGCUGUACCUGUUCUCCAACUUCCCAGAGUUUACCAGCGACAGUGCAGGUAGGCCAGCAACAGUCCAGGGUGAAGCGCCAACAACAGAAACUGGUGGUGGUUUGGAAGACGUAAAUUCGUCGACUGCACAGUCGGCAUCCUCGGUCGAUUAUACGGGUAGCGGUCAAACUACAAGCCUUACAAGCACCGAAGCAACGACAGAAUCUCACGGGGUCUCACUAGGGUCAAGCCAAUCCGAAUUAUAUGAGACCUUUGUUGCAGUACCCGCAAAGGAGCCGGUGGUCAACGGCGAUGAAGACAGGACUGAAACUCCCAUGAUAUCUGCUUGGCCCGGUAGAACUAGCUCCCAGAAGCCCAAAGAUCAAGAAGUAACGACUGCCCUCUCGCUUCCUGUCUCGUCACCCCAAGAACAGCCCAUCACUCGACGACCUAUCCCCAGUUUACGGUCCAGGCCAACAUUCUCCAAGUUCUACCGCUUCGGCAAAGGUACUCCGAACAGGGUCACUGAAGCCACGACGACCCAACGCGUCCCAACACAGCGCGCAGUGGAGACGACCUCCACCCAGCCGACGACAACCCUGCUCGUCUCGACACAGCGCGCGGCGGAGACGACCUCCACCCAGCCGACGACAACCCUGCUCGUCUCGACGCAGCGCGCGGCGGAGACGACCCCCACCCAGCCGACGACAACCCUGCUCGUCUCGACGCUGCGCGCGGAGGAGACGACCUCCAGCCAGCCGACGACAACCCUGCUCGUCUCGACGCAGCGCGCGGCAGAGACGACCUCCACCCAGCCGACGACAACCCGGUUCGUCCCGACUCAGCGCGGGCUGGAGCACACCUCCACCCAGGCAGCGACCAGCCGCAGCACCUCGGCCCAGGGCACGGAAGAGGAAGCGUCCAGCACGGAGGCGAUAGCCACAGAAGUGUCCAUCACCGAACCCGUCGGCAGGGCCAGCGUUCCAGCGAAUUCCGCUCCCACCACCAGGGCGACACCACCAGUGCGCAAAAGGAAGCCCUCGCUGGAGGCUGUCCGCUCCGCCAUCCAGCCGUUCAGUCUCGCUGAGAUGUUGGUUGAGUCGGGGCAGAGCCUGGCGCAGUUCCUCAGCAGCGACUACAGCAUGAAGGACGUCAUGGCUGUCAUCGAGAGACUCAGAGCGCGCCGCGAGGGCCGGCCGAUCAUCCGACCUGAGGUCGCUGAGGGCGCCAAACGUGCUCAAACCAACUCAGGCGGAGCGGCCAAACGGCAAAAUUCGGCAGGGGUAGCCAAGGACCGUGCCAGCCAGCGGCAAGAGACCGCAGACACUGAGCGUGAAUCUCCCGAGACUGGCGACAACGUAGUCGCCAUACCACAGUCGAAUCGAUCCGAAGGCAGCCUUGUGGCUGGGAAGACGGUACCACCUCCUCCACCUGAGCCGAUGGACCGCCCGGGCAUCGCGCGGCAGACGACGGAGACACCAGCGGAUGCGGCUCCGCUCUCCAGCGCCGCCGAGUCCUCCCCCGCCGGCCGGCGGAGGCAGUGGAGUCUGGCCGAGAUCCUCGUCGAGAAGCAGGUCACGCUGCCCGAGUUCCUCGCACAGGGCGGCAACAUCAAGCAGCUGCUGCUCGAAUACAACGGCGUGGAAGACGCCGAGGAAGACGUCGACGCGGCGACGACCGCUACACCACCGGGCACCACGACAAAGAAGGUCUUCAGCCUGGCUGAAAUCCUUGGCAUCAAGAACCUGACGCUGAAGCAGUUCAUAUCGCAGGGUGGCAAUGUGCGCGCCGUGCUAGAGGAGUACAACGGUGUCGACUGGCGGCCGCCGACGCGCGCGCCGCCGCCGCCCGCCGCCGCCGUCACCACUCCGCACGUGCCGGCCUUCCUGACACGGUCUACCGCAGCCCCGUCGCAGCCUCCUUUGGCGCCUUCGAGCACGGAGGCGGCGCCACCGCCGCCACCGGCGCCAUUGCCCGGGAACGGGCUCGGCAUCCGUCUGCAGACGGCGGCGCCGCCCGUGUACGGUCGGCCGGCGGCCGGGCCAGGCCGACUGCCCCCGCCUCGGCCACGCGACAGUUACCAGCGUCCCCCGGCCUCCGCGCCGCCCAGUCUGUCGCCCGACCUGCUCUUCGAGCAGAUCAACCGCGAGACGGAGGCCGUGUGGGCGGCGGCCGGCGGCACCAGCGGCGGUGGUGGCGGCGGCGGCGACCAGCACGAGGUCGACUCGACCGUGUUCGACAUCGGGACGCGGGCGGAGGAGACCGUCGGCGGGCGCGACGCGCUCAUCACCAGCGGCGUGGUUGGCGGCUUCGCGCUCUGCUUCUUCGUGGCGCUGCUGCUCUUCUGCAAGUGGCGGCAGCGACGCGAGCAGCAGGCGCUGCGGCCGGGGCUGGCCGUCAGCAGCGACCGCAGCUCCAGCCCUCUCGAGCCCGGCCGAAUCAACGUCAACAACUACGCCAACGCCUACCGCCACAAGUCGGCCGGCUUCUGGGGCUCGCUGCGCAAGUCCUUCAACCAGCGGUACGCGACUGCCUACUCGGAGAGCCCUUACGGCGGCGUCACCACGUGAUGGCGAGGUCAGCGCGUGAGAGCGCGAGGCGACGCUCCAAAGGGAGGCCGGGUGCUGGGCGGGCUGUUUCAAGAAAGCGGAGCAGAGAACGCGGCGGGGCAUUCGAUGCGCUGCGAGAAUCACAUCAGAACAGUCCGGCGCGCCGGCGUCGCGAUGCUCGUGCUUCUGCCGUACGCCGAGUGAUGCGUCGGCGGCGGUGGUGACGGCGGCCGCUCACGAGGCUGGUGAUGCAGAGGGACCACGCGCCGGCAACUGAGGUCGUCUGCCGACGGAGCGGCCAGUGUCGCCUGGAGACCGUCGCCAGCUCGGGUCACGCUCGGGUCACACGCCCCCUGCCGAGUUAUGUGAUAUUCGGCGGGACGUGAGGACGAAUGGGGCGUUUGGAACCGAUAGGGAUGGCUGACAGACUGCGGAUGCUUCAUGUUGCGGUUUGUCUGUGGGCGAUCGCCGUGCGCUUGCCGCGGCUGGUGUUAUUUAGGUGAAAACGAUGAUAGCAUUGAAGGUUGUCAACAUGUGAUGCCUCAUUCGUGUCGAAUUACUAAUGCGUAUGAUGAUACCCACGGCAGGGCUGUACUGUCAUUGUCGUACGUGCGAUGCAUGUUGUCUGCUCGCCAGCAUAUUUUGCUUUCGAGCGACUCUUGAGGUAUCAAGCAAGUUGCCAUUGGAUGAACCGGGAAGCUUGAAUGCAAUGAAUUUCGUUACUGGAUGAUACGAUACCAUACAUAAUUUUAUUUAAGGUGCAUUUGUCAUGAUGUUUUCUUUGUGGGAUCGUUAUGUGGUGCAACGAGGUGACGUUAGCGGUUAUCCAUGACUAUAAACGAGAAGGACAUCGCAAUACAAUUGUUUUGUUUUGGUA